AUGAAAGAUGUCGACCAACAGCAGCAGCAAGACGAUUUAGAAAUCACAUCGGAUAAGGUUACUGUAUUAGAGGGGCAUCAAAACGAAGUAUUUUCAUGUGCAUGGAAUCCUUCAGUAACAUCACUUUUAGCAUCUGGCUCUGGCGACGCGACGGCAAGAUUAUGGCAGGUACCAGAAGGAAAGGAAAAGGUUACAGAUCCUAUUGUAUUACAGCAUUUGCCCAAUAUGAAUGAUAAUAAGGAUGUUACUACUUUAGAUUGGAAUCCUACUGGAACUUUGUUAGUGACAGGUUCUUAUGAUGGUCAAGCACGUAUAUGGACACAGAAAGGUCAAUUACGUUAUGUAAUGGGACAUCAUAAAGGGCCUAUUUUUUCAUUGAAAUGGAAUUUCAAUGGGGACCUUAUACUAAGCGGCAGUGCAGAUACUACAACUAUUGUGUGGGAUCCCGAAACAGGAGACAUGAAGCAACAGUUUGAAUUGCAUACAUUGGCUAUUCUUGAUAUUGACUGGAUGGACAAUACGACCUUCGCCUCUUGUUCUUCGGACAAAACCAUCUACGUAUGCAAAGUGGGCAAUAGGAAACCACUUAAAAAAUGGAUUGGACAUGAUGAUGAAGUUAAUGCAGUACGAUGGGAUCCAUCAGGACAAUAUCUAGCUUCCUGUUCUGAUGACAUGACUGCUCAAAUCUGGAGCUUGGAUUCAGACGAACCACUUCAAGUGCUGAAGGGGCACACCUUACAAAUAUACACUUUACAAUGGGCACCCACAAACAGUCAUAACGGAGAGAGGAUAUUAGCAACAGCUAGUUUCGAUGCCACUGUUAGAAUCUGGGACGCUAUGAAUGGCACCUGUCUGUAUACGUUGAAGAAUCACAGGGAAGCAGUUUAUUCUAUUUCAUUUAGUCCGGAUGCACGAUUACUAGCUUCUGGUAGUUUUGAUCAAUUAUUGAAUGUUUGGGAUGUCAAGGCUGGUACACUGAAAAAAGCUUUCAAAACUAAUGGUGGUAUAUUCGAAGUGCAUUUCAAUAAGACCGGUGAUAAGUUGGCUGCAUGUACUUCUAAUAAGCAAGUAGUGAUUUUAAAUCAGAUGAAGUCUGUUUAG